GUGUACAUUACCCGUUGACUCUUCUCAACAAACCACAAAGAUAUCGGCACAUUAUACCUACUAUUUGGUGCAUGAUCCGGACUUGUAGGCGCCUGUUUAAGCGUAUUAAUACGAAUAGAACUAACACAACCAGGCUCUUUAUUCGGCAGCGACCAAAUCUUUAAUGUGCUUGUAACAGCCCACGCAUUCGUAAUAAUUUUUUUUAUAGUUAUACCCAUUAUGAUCGGAGGUUUCGGAAACUGAUUAAUCCCAUUAAUAAUCGGAGCACCAGACAUAGCAUUCCCGCGAAUAAAUAAUAUAAGCUUUUGACUUUUACCACCAGCACUACUUCUCCUCCUAUCUUCCUCAUACGUAGAGGCAGGCGCCGGCACCGGUUGAACAGUUUACCCCCCACUAUCAGGCAAUAUGGUCCACUCAGGCCCAUCAGUAGAUCUAGCAAUUUUCUCACUACACUUAGCUGGCGCCUCUUCAAUUCUAGGAGCAAUUAACUUUAUCACCACAUGCAUCAACAUAAAACCGGCGUCAAUACCUAUAUUCAACAUCCCUUUAUUUGUUUGAUCCGUACUAAUUACAGCAAUCAUACUCCUCCUAGCCCUACCAGUUCUGGCAGCAGCAAUUACAAUAUUACUAACAGACCAUAAUCUAAACACAUCUUUUUUUGAUCCUUGCGGAGGAGGGGACCCAGUAUUAUUCCAACAUCUGUUCUGAUUUUUCGGACACCCAGAAGUUUACAUUCUAAUUCUGCCAGGCUUCGGCAUUAUCUCCAGCAUUAUCACCUAUUACACCGGAAAAAAAAACACUUUCGGAUACACUAGCAUAAUCUGAGCUAUAAUAUCUAUCGCCAUCCUUGGGUUUGUAGUAUGAGCACACCACAUAUUUACCGUUGGUCUUGACAUUGACAGUCGAGCCUACUUUACAGCAGCCACAAUAAUUAUCGCAGUUCCAACUGGAAUUAAAGUCUUCGGCUGACUAGCCACACUAACCGGCGGACAAAUCAAAUGACAGACGCCAAUCUAUUGAGCUCUCGGAUUUAUCUUCCUGUUCACUGUGGGCGGAAUAACCGGCAUUAUUCUAGCAAACUCAUCCCUAGAUAUUGUUCUACACGACACAUACUACGUAGUGGCACACUUUCAUUAUGUCCUAUCAAUGGGGGCAGUAUUCGCCAUCAUAGGAGGCGUAACACACUGAUUUCCACUAUUCACCGGAUACUCCCUCAACCAAACUCUAACAAAAACUCAAUUCUGAGUAAUAUUCCUAGGCGUCAACAUAACAUUCUUCCCACAACACUUUUUAGGACUCUCAGGAAUACCUCGUCGAUACUCGGACUUCCCAGACGCCUUCACCCUAUGAAACACAAUCUCAUCAAUCGGUUCAACCAUCUCACUAGUAGCAGUUCUCAUAUCACUAUACAUUGUUUGAGAAGCCAUAACACACAAACGAACCCUACCAAUCCCAUUAGGAAAAAAAACCCAUGUAGAAUGAUUCUACGGAACACCACCACCACACCACACCCACACAGAACCAACAUUUAUACUAAACAAUAUGUACGCCCCAAUCCGCGAAUAUAUCACAUACAUGGAGUGACCCUGACCCGAGAAGAGA